AUGACAGCAGAACCCAAGACCAUCACGUACCGCGGCAACUGCCACUGCGGCGCCUUUGUCUUCCAGACGGCCCUCCCGGAGAUCAAGUCCGCCAUCGACUGCAACUGCAGCAUCUGCGCGAAAAAGGGCUACCUCUGGAUCUUCCCCGGCAAGGGCAACGUGGAGAUUGUCAAGGGCAGCGUGGAGGAGGGGCUGACGGCGUAUGAGUUUGGGCCCAAGAAGCUGAAGCAUUUGUUUUGUCCAACAUGUGCUUCGCCUGUGGGUGGCUUUUCAGAUGAUGAAAACUUUCAACUUGCUCUGAAUGCCCAUUGCUUUCAAGGCUUGGUAACUUCGGACCUGGAGAAACCUCCAUACGACGGCGCUUCCCUAGGAGAACCCUAUGAGCACCCCGUCCACAAGGGAGCCCUCCCUACACCCGACGCCGGCGAGGUCGUCUACACGGGGAGCUGUCAUUGCGGCGCAGUCACCGUUGCCACGGCGAGCAAGCCGCUCGAUGAGACUUAUGAGGGAGCCAUAGAAUGCAACUGCAGCAGCUGCGAGCGUCACGGUUGUUUCAAGUACGCCGCCAUCUGGGUAUACCGCCCAAACAAAGCCGUCGUCCUCUCCGGCGACGAGGCCAACAUCGGACGGUACCAGUUCAACAGGCGCAUGCUGUCCAAGGUCUUUUGCAACAUCUGCGGCGUCGUCAUGGCGAACCUGUUCAACGAGCUUACCAGCGAGCAAGUCGAGGCGCUGCCGGAGCUGCCGCGGAGGAUCUACGAUGCGCAGCAUGAGUAUACGGGGGUGAAUGCGAGGGUGCUGCAGGGGGUGGAUGUGGCCAGGUUCAAGACGAAGAAGGUGGAUGGACUGAACAAGAUUCCGGGAGAGUAUGCGAACCCUUGA